AUGGCUUCUGAAGCACUCAGUUUCGAAUGUGCCCUGAUCACGGGAGGAGGAGGCGGCAUCGGCAAGGCUAUUGCGCAGUAUCUCAUCUCAAAGGGCAAGAAGGUCCUCAUCGCCGGGCGCACCGAGUCCAACCUCAAGAGCACCGCGGCCGAGAUCAACGCUGCGGGCUACUACGUCCUCGACACAGGCGCUGUGUCCACCAUCCCGGCGUUCAUCGCCAAGAUCACAUCCGCGAACCCGGAGCUGGACUGCCUCGUCAACAACGCCGGUGUGCAGCGGCCCCUCCAGGUGCUCAAGGACGCGCCGGAGGAGUUCCUACGAAAGGCGGAUCAGGAACUCGACAUUAACAUCCGCGGGCCGAUGCAUCUGGCGCUGGGGCUGCUGCCGCACUUCCGCGCCAGGGAGGGCGGCGCGGUGAUUGUCAACGUGUCGAGCGUGCUGGGCUUCAACCCGUUCUCCAUCAUCAACCCGGUGUACAACGGCACCAAGGCGUGGCUGCACUUCUGGAGCAUGGCGCUGCGCACGCAGCUGGAGGGCACGGGCGUCAGGGUGGUGGAGAUUGCGCCGCCGACGGUGGCGACGGACCUGCACCGCGAGAGGGAGGAUCCGGAUGACAAUAAGAAGGAGAAGAACGCGGCGGCGCUGAGCGUGGAUGAGUUCAUGGAGGAGGUGGCGGAGAAGUGGGAGAGGGGAGAGGACAUGAUUACGGCGGGGACGGGCAAUGAGUUGGUGAAGAAGUGGUAUGGAGCUUAUGGGGAGGCGUAUGAUAAAGCUGCCAAAGAGUAUACUGAGAAACAGAGCAAACAAUGA